AUGGGGUUGUAUAGUUUGGAGGAGACCAGAUCGAAUGAUAUGCUGGCGUGUCAGGCUGACCUGGAGGCUUUGUUGGAGGAUAUGGAUCAAGAAUUCCCUCUGGUGUUUGAGACCAAUUAUUCAUCGGAAUCUCGUCAUCAAAUUCAUUAUCAGCAGUAUUAUCGCGAGGAGGAGGAGCAGGAAGCCGAUCUCAGCAUUUACGACUAUGAUUUUUCCGGGGUCGUCUGCUGA